UCUGGAAUUCCUGGAAUUUGUGCAAUCUCUGGAAUUCCUGGAAUUUCUGCAAUUCCUGGAAUUUGUGCAAUUUGUGGAAUUCCUGGAAUCUUUUCUGAAAUCUCUGGAAUUUCUCUAAUUUCUGGAAUUUGUGCAAUUUCUGACAUCUCUGGAAUUUCUGGAAUUUCUGGAAUCUGUGAAAUUUCUGGAAUUUGCGAAAUUUCUGGAAUUUGUGCAAUUCCUGGAAUUCCUGGAAUUUCUGAAAUCUCUGGAAUUCCUGGA